AUCUUUCAGAUAGUUGUGUUGCCAACUUUAUAUCUGAGGUGGUAUAUAUUGUCGGUAAACACCUAAUAGCAAUAUGACAUUUUCUCGUUAAAAAUAUAGACGAUAAAAUGAGCGUCCUUAUAUUAAAAAAAUACAAAAACCCAUUGGGUUUUCCUAAAUAUCGUUAAUGGUGAAGACAUUAAACUAUUUGUGUGGAAAUGGCUCUGGAGAACACUCAGUGUUGCGUCAGUGGCUAUUUGUUAUUUUUUUUGUUUAAAAACUAGUUGAAGGAUUCUUUACUACAACUAGUGUAAUUCAUAGUGUUUCAUACAAUCUAUUGUGAUGCUAUUACUAGUAUGUUUAAGGGCCGGAUGGACCAAUUCUAUAUUUGGAACUGGAAGACACUUAACCCAGAAGUAGGUAUCUACCACCUACUCAAUGUGUUCGAUUAGCUAUACAUUUUAAAAAUGUUGGGUAGUCCAAGUGGUACAGGUUUGCCAAAUCAAAGGGGGUUAUGGCCACUAAGUGCCGUGCAGACUCCCACAAUUUCUACAUUUCCAAAUGAUGGUCUCAAUAAAUAUGGAGUUUAUUCAUUAUUUUCUGGCGGCCCAAGUUUUGGUAGUACGCUGUACUCCCAUUCGAGUACCAGCAGCACAACAGGACGUUUUGCUACUGGACAAUAUCCUCAACCCACCGAUAAUAUUUUCCAAACAUCUUACAAAGUUUCAGAUUCGCUUUUUUCGACAACAAGUUACACAUUCGGUGCACCCACUCCACCCCCAGGUUCCCCGUAUUCCCCGAUUCCCAUUGGACAAUUCGAACUUCUAGCUAAAGGCAUCAAUUCUAAUUUACUCCAACCGGUGGACGCGUCUCUUGCUCUACAACAGAGCCCAAAAAAGAUUCACGAAAAACAUUGUGAGAAAUGCUGUAACUAUAAAUCACAGUUCUGCAGCUGUCAGAUAUCGACUAUAGAUCAUUCGAAACUUAUGGAUCCUCUGAACUGUUGUACAAGGACAAAUACACUCAAAUGGAACGAAAUAAACAUGAAGAAAGAACCAACCGGACAUAUAUCUGAAAUAAGUACAAAUAGCGCUUCUAUGAUUAAAUUGGAGGUUAUGUCGCCUACACAACAAACUCCCGAUAUACUUGGCAAUAAUAUAAUCGGAUUAGCGGAUCCUUCUAGUGCAACUAUGACUGUCAAUUCGGCUACAUUGACGAAUAAUCUGACAGAUAAUACGGUGAUACAUUGCACAGAUAAUAAAACGACGGAAAUAGAAACGAAGCAUGUGGAUGCUGCUUCAUAUAUUCCACCGUCAGUUUGGCAGUAUUCUCCUCCAGUGGCUCCUGUUCCUGUUGAACCAUUGGUACCAGUUCCCCCAGUAGGUUUGCAAGUAGUUCGGGAUCCCAAUACAGGCGGAUUGCUUCUUCUAUCUACCAAUAGUUUAGAUUCUUUGCAACAAGCUGUCGUUUGGUCUGGUUAUCCUCAGCAUUCCCCUAUGCUAUUGCCAUCCAUACCUCCUGUUCCAUCACCGUCUUUUCAGCUAGUACAAUCGACACCUUCCCAUUGUUUUUCCGGAACGUUCCACCAACAAACUCAAGCUCAUAGUACAAGAUUAGUGGCUUUGACCACCGAUAAUAAACGGAAAAUACCUACCACGACAUUAAUUAAAAUUGAAACUGACCAAGCUAAAACAUUGCAACCGGUAAGCUCUACUGCAACUAGUACGGCAACCGUCAUCACCGACGUGACACCUUUAAUUACCACUCAUGUUAUAUAUCAACAUCCCACGAAUUUUAUAGUAUCACAAAGCCCUGCGACCGAACCAGUUGUUACUCAAACUAUUUGUAAAUCUCAAGCAACUUCUCCGGUGACAUACUUAACACCACCACCUGAGUUUCAUUCUAAGGAAACUAAGGUUUCUGCUGUGCAAGAUGCCAGUAAUCAGACCGAUGCUGUGGUAUGUACAGAAGAGAUAGUUACCCCCGAAGUACCAGAAAAACCACCAACGCCAGCAGAAGCACCAGAUAUUACCAUAAAACCUAUGGUUGAUGAUUGUGGAUCACAUCUACAAGAAGUGAUUGUAGAACCUGAGUCACCAAAAGAACCUGCUAAGUUAGUGCUCAGUGGUUUGGAAUUGUUAUCGAAUAGUAUAGAUCAAUUUGAAUCGUCAUUACAAAAAACUGAAAUUAUUCCAACAGAUAGAGAACCUCCAAAAAAUUCCGUUCCCCUAGACGGUCUGAAUUUAUUAUGCGCUUUAGCCGAGCAAAGGAUAAUGGAAGAAAACGAAAAACCGGUAGUGGAAUGUGAGAAUUUGAAGAAAAGGAAAAAAGAUAAGAGAAAAUCCAAAAGACAUUCCACCGACGAACCGAAACGGAAGAAAUUGAAAAGCGGCAAACAUUAUCACGAGAAAAAGAAGCACAAGAAAUUGAAAAAUUAUCAGGAAGAAAGGGAAUGUGCGUGUGAAAAAUAUCAAACGUCGACAACCGAAGAAACAAAUAUUUUUGUUGUCAAAAAUUUGUUUGAUAAGAAUCUAAUAAGAAACGAUCAAGAUAACGAAAAUGAAUCAAGUUUAAUGGAAACGAAAAAAUUUAAACAUCUGAAAAAACAUUUUCGAUCAAAAUCGGUAGAUUUUGAUAGAAGUACGAUAUCGUCACCUAUUUUCGAUCAACCCCUUCUAAAAUUUAUAAAAUCUUCCGAUUUAAUGGAAACUCCAAAGUUGGAUUUCAAACACCAAAUAAACCAAACUGACUUUGAUGGUUCUUCCGAGAAACAUUCGUCUUCUAAAAAGCGCAAAGUGGGAAGACCUAGAAAAUUAAUGCCCUUUUCUACUGAACAAGUUACUACUGAAACGAUUGUAGCCAAGAAACCGAAGAGUAAUUUUAUUGGAUGCCUACUGGCAGCCAAAGAAAAAUUUAGACUACAGAAUAAGACUUACAACGAUGGAAUUGAUCCCAGGUUUCGUAGUUUUGAAGAAGAAGGAACCAAAGUGAGAUAUAAAAAGUCGAAACAUCGAAAUUCAGCUCCGGGCGAAUUGAGAACAUCCAAAAUAAAACCGAAGCUCAAAGCCGAACCGACAUUAAAACCUGCCGAAGAAUGCGAUUCAGCAGAUGAAAAUGAAGAAGAUAUUGUUAUCAAUACUGUCGAAGAAGAAGAAGAAGAUGCCGAAGAUAAGGCUUCUUCAAUAACCGAUCGUGAUAGUGAAGACAUGGAUAGAAGAAGAAUCGACGACAAUAGAUGUAUUUUGACAGCCGCUUUGUUAGAAGUGGAUAAAUUAAGAGUACUAACUGCUAUGGGGGGUCUAUUUUAUGCCGGACAUUUAAACGCAAUAGAACCCCCGGACGUUUAUUCAAUUGUUUUAGAUGGGGAAAGGGGAAAUAAACCCCAUAUAAUGUCUCGAGAAGAAAUAUUGAGAGACGCGAUAGUGGAAGUAGCGCCACAAAACACUAAUGAACUUUUAGUUGGAACGAGGGUGUGCGCAUAUUGGAGCCAACAGUAUCGUUGUUUGUAUCCAGGGAGUAUCGCCGAACCGUCCUCACCAGAUCCAGAACUGGAUGGUAAAUUUGUCUUAGUAGAAUUCGAUGAUGGCGACAGCGGUCGAAUAGAUUUGAAAGAUAUAAGGUUGUUACCUUCAGAUUAUCCAGUGAUCGAAUAUGAUCUAAAUCCUCUACUCAGUCUUACUAAAAGGAAGAAGAAGGUAUCGAAGAAUAUCAUAUCUAAAUAUAGUGUACAAGAAGAAACGAACACUAUAAUCGAAUCUAAACCCGAGUUGAAAAUUCCUUUCGACGAUAACGACAUUACAGAUAAAUUGAAAACGCUCAUAGUGGAAAAGCACAUGAAAAAGAAACUUCUCAAAAAGAAAAAACGAGAAAAGUUGCAUACUAAUUUAUCACCGGACAAAAAGAAGAGGAGGAAGAAACAUAAAUGUUACGAUAAAAAAUGUAAGGAUCGAAAACAUCACAAGAAGCAUAGGAAACAUAAAAAACACCAUGAUAAAUCUCGAUUAAACGUAGGUGUAAACAGUUUAGAAAAUGAUGUUAUAGAAUCGAAUAUCGUUGAAGAAGAAUGUGAUGAAAAUAUAGAAGAUUACAAAGAUGAUGAUAUUACUAUAGAUAUUGAACAGCAACCAGUUCCGAAUGAUUCCGAUGUAUCUACAAAAAAGAAGGCAACUAAACUGAGGGAUCGACAGGAAUCUUGCGAAAGUAGAAGCAAAAUGAGCGCCUUUUUACCAGCAAGGCAAUUAUGGGGUUGGGCGGGAAAAGAGUACAAACGUCAAAGGACGAAAGGAAGAUUCAGAAAAUUCUUUUAUAAAUCGAUUCGACGUGGAAAGGAAACGAUAACGGUUGGUGAUUCUGCUGUAUUUUUAUCCACCGGUCGACCAGACAGACCAUAUAUUGGUAAAAUUGAAGCUAUGUGGGAACUUUGCGGUACAAUGAUUGUAAAAGUUAAAUGGUUCUAUCACCCUGAAGAAACCAUCGGUUGUCCACAAAAUCUUCAGUAUCCAGGAGCUCUAUUCGAAUCGCCACAUAUAGACGAAAACGACGUUCAGACAAUCUCUCACAAAUGCGAAGUAGUACCUUUAAAAGAAUAUACGGAUCGUAUUGGAGACGAUCCGAAAAGUUACGCUACCAUCUACGAUAAUAACGACAUCUAUUAUCUAGCCGGUUACUACGAUCCGACUACGCAUUCGAUGAAAAUUGAACCGGGUAUUCCGUUUUCAAAAACUUAAUUGAUAUAAAAUUUUUUUUGAUAAUAUUUUUAAAAACGACGUUCAAGAUGUCGCUGGCGACGAACGUCAUAUUACUUUUAAUUAUUUUAUAAAGAAACGUUAAGUUGGAAAAUAGAGUUCAACGUCUGCUAGUGCAUAUAGGCCGAGGAGUGGUUUUUUUGCUUUUAAAUAACUCGGAUGAUUUGUAUACGAUCAAAAGUAUUAUUAGUAUUUUGUUAUAUUUAAUAUACCGCGCGAAAUUGCUUUAUUAAUCAACGCGCGAUAUGUUUUAUUUAAACUUUGAUUGGAAAAGUAGAAAUGUUGUUUUCCGAAUCGAGGUUAUAUAUAUUUUUAUUGUACAUAAUAUUUUAUAUAACGCCAUAAAAAAAUUACAUACAAUAGAAAAGUGAAUUUUACACAACUUUUUCAAAUCUAUGCGAACCAAAACGGAAGGCAGGUGAAAUUAUUAAAAGCUCGAAUUUCUUCAAAUUAUUAUUAUUUUUGUCGAAAAUUUUCCUAAACCGCUCUUCGAAUCAAUUCCUUCAUGAUAAUCUACAGUUUAGUUUUAAAUUGUAAAUUCUCAAAAUACUGCUUUUUCUUGAUUCCUUUCAAGUUUAAAAAUGUAUUUUUUUCGCAAAAUUUCACAUACUGAAGAAGUGAAAUUUUAUUUAAUGUUUUUAAAAUUUUCCGGCUUUAAUUGCAUAAUUAAAAAAUUAGUAUUUUUUGAUAAAACUUGUAUAAAAAUGGAAAAAAAUUGACUUCUAGAGCAACAAGUUGCAUUAAUAGAAAAAAUAUAAGAAUCAGCUCAAUUGGCACGGACAUACUAUAUGAAUGGGAAUAAUUAGACAUCAAGUAAGAUAUGGAUGGGACAAAUGAAGGAACUGGUGACAAAGAAGAAGAAAAAAACGUUUUUGUUUCAUGUCCUAUAAUUAAAAUUAACGUAAAUUGAAUCGUCAGAAAAUAUUAGAUCAAAAAUGGUUGAAUUGUCCCUAUCUAAUAUUUUAUUAAUACAAGAAGAUAGUGUAAGAAGUGGGUACAAAAAGGAACGAAAACAAACAUCCGACAUCUGAAAAGAUAGGGAUAAAGAAGAAUUUACAGAAUAACAUAAAUAUUGAUGCAAGAUUUUAUGCAAACGUGAAAUUAUAAACCCUACUAUGAUGUUAUCAGCUCCCGGUGCUUCCCAUAUUGCAGUUUUCAUUCUGAUACUUUUUGAUACCUCACAAAAUUAUUUUCCAAUGUUUUUUGGAAAAACUUUUGAAGAACAACAGGGACUGAAAGUCUCUUUGACUCUUGAUGGUAUAAAAAUGCAAAAGAAUAAGAAAGUCGCCAUUGAAACAGGGACUUUUGUGUGAAAAUUUGCGAAGAAAAUUGAAGAAGAUAGUAGAUAACCAAAGAAAGUGAAAAAAAUAAGUAACGAAAACAACAUCUGACAACCAAAAAGAAAAAGGAAAAAAGAAGAAUUUGUAGUUUUCAUUUUGAUACUUUUUGAUACCAUCUUCCGUUUCUUAAUCAGCUGUGGACUAAGGCAUUUAAAUGAAAUGAAAUGAAAGCUGAACCUCCUUCUUCCUGAUAGUUUGUGACCAAUUGAGAAAAUUCGUCUCCGUUGUUUUGUGGAAAAACUUUUUGAGAACAGAAGAAGUGACCAAAAACCUCAUCUGUAAUUUGAUGUAUUAAAAAUAUGGAAGAAAAAGAAAACCGCUAUUAAAAUAAGGACUUUCAUUGUUUCCUUUUUUAAUAUUGAUACAGGGUGUUGUGCAAACGUCAAAUCAUAGACUCUACUAUGAUGUUAUCAGCUUCUGGUGUUUUCUUCAACGUUUGAACAAUAUUGAUACCAUCGUCCACUUUUGAAAUCAGGUGUAGACUAAUGGUUUUUGUUUCCUUGACAAUGUUUUGAGGAAAAACUUCAAAUGAAUCGAGGAAAAUUACUAAAUAUGAAAGGCAAUUAAAAUACACUUUUAUGGUUUUCAUAAAUAUUUAAACAAGGUAUAGCAUGUAAGCACAAUCAUAGACUCCACUAUGAUGUUAUCAUCUUCUGGUGCUUUUUUCCAACACAGUUUUCUUUCCGAUAACUGGGGAAAUUGUUGAAAUACCCUGCUUCCGAAGUAUUUUGAAACGUUUUAGGGGGAUUCGAAGAAGACAAAAUAUAGAGGAAGGAAUGGAUUUAAGAAGGACUAUAGCCCUCAUCUGACCCUUGAAAAGAUAAAAAACAGAAGUAAGUGGAAGAAGUUCGGGAAUGUCUACAAUUGGUUAUUGGAGAUUUAAUUCAUACCAGAGGGGGAAAUAUUUGCAAUUAAAAUGCCCUUUUAUAGUUUUUUAUAAAUAUUUAUACAAGGUAUAGCACGUAAGUACAUUCAUAGACCCCACUGUGAAGAUAUCAUCCCCUGAUGCUUUUUCCAACACAGCUUUCACUCUGACAAGUUGGGAAAUUGGUGAAAUUCGUUGCUUCAAACAUUUUGAGCAUUAAUUUAUAUAAAUUGAACAAUAUGUCAAAUGAUAGUGAUAGGGAUCGAAACGAAAAAACUAAAAUUUCAUCUGAUAUUUAAAAAAAGAUAAAACAGUCUGCAAUUGGACUUGUGACUACAAGAGAUAAUUUGGACUGGGAGUACUUCCAUUGGUCGAUUAUAAUGAGUCGAGUUUUUGUCAAUUUGACAAUGACCAUGUGCUCAUUAAUGGCCAGUUAGCAACCAUGAUAUUAAUCAAUUUGAGCCUCAUUGGGAUGUAAUUGAUAGUUGUUUACAAUUCACAUGACUUUUCGAAAUAUAACCAUUAUUUUAAUCAGAAAUGAUACCAGAGGAGAAAAUAAUGUUAACUUGUUUCUUUUUAGUUUUACUACAAUAAUAGUUAAAUUUAUGCGUGAAUUUUGGUGGGGCAGUGUAAUUCGCAUAGAUUUGAACAAUACUUUAUACUCUUAAUGAGUCCUCAUACAUAUUACAAGUUUUGGUUGAAAUAAAAAAAAAAUAUGGCAAAUAGGGUUUUAGUUGAUAAAAUGUUUACGCUUUUAAAGAUUUUUAUUCUUAUACUUAAGUACUACAGUAUUUUAUUUAGUUUUUUCAACUUUUCGAAAGCUUUUAUUUUUUAUCUUGAGCGAUUUUCUAGUCUGUGAAAAUCUUUUUUUUUCUUACGAUUAUCUUCUAUCUGAAGAAAUAUUUUUGAGACCCAUUUAAUGUGGAUCAUGAUAUUAAGUUUUGUUUAGUUUUAUUCUAAUUUUUAUUCACAGUACAAUUGUUGAAUACAAUCGAAUUUUCCGGUUGAUAUUUUAUGAAAAUAUUUUUUUGAAGUACUUAAUUUGAAAAAUAUUUGUUGUACAUUAUUUUUAUCAUUCUUCGUUAUCUUGAAUUCUUUAAACACAUUCUUCUGUUGUUAUCAAAUGUUUUCCUUUUGUUAGAAAAGUUCUUUCUUCGUAAAACUUGAAAUCGGAAAUAUUGAAUUUUCAAAUAGUUUUCCAAUAUAACGGCUCCAAAAAUUGUAUUAUAAAAUCAAAUUUUCACUUUUUUGUCGAGUUUUAUAGAAUUUUUUAUAGAACUCCUACGACAAUUGAACUAUUUCCACAAUGGAAGCAAAUGAUAGAUUUUUACUCUAAAAGAAUAAUAUUUAACUAUGGAAUAAAAGCGUUUCCAAUGUAUUAGAAUUUCUGGAUCUGUUAGUGCUAUUUAUACUGAUCACUACACAAAAAACUACACUGUCUGGUCCUUCGAGCCGUAUAUGAACAUAAGAAAGUCAAUUUUUUUGGAAUUAGAAUGCGAAAAAGUACAGAUAUCGAAGAAAAUAUUGGAUUAUUACUCUUAUAGAGUAUUCUUUUUACCCAGAAGCGAGUGAAUACGUCAUUGACAAAAAGGAAUUCAGUAUAUUAGAAUUUCUGAAUCUGUUAUAACUAUUCGAGCUGUGUAAAAUCCUAUGAAAGUCUCGUGAGUUGUACACACAUUUAAAUUGUAUGGAAAGCUGCAGUUGGAAGAUAUGAACAGAUUUUACAGAAUUAACUUUCUAUUUUGUAUUCCGGAAACCUAUAUUUUGGAACUUAAUCUGCAAACUAUAAUAAAAACGAUGGUUCUUUACUCUUAUAGAGUAUAAAGCAAUAACUAACUCUCGAUUUGUUGCUGGUAUUCCUACCAAAUACUACACUAAAACUGACAAUUACACAAUUACUGGUCUUUCGAGCCGUAUAAAAACGUAUGCAAGGCUCGAAGGACCAAACUAUUAAGAGUAUUAGUGUAGUAACAGCGUAUUCAGAAUGAAAUAAUGUUUGAAUGAUACUGUUUCUUCUCGGUCUCUUAUUGUUUGUAGUUGUACUUAUUACAAAUAUUUUAUAAGAAUAUAUAUUUCUUGGAAAAGUACAAAUGUAAAAAUAAAAACUUAUUUAAAUCUAAACAAAACUUAAAAAGAAUCGAACGUAAUAGAUAAUGGCAAUAACAAACUACAAUAAAAUAUAUCUGAAGAAUAUCAGAAUCUUUAUACGUUUGAUUUUGUUUAUCUCGUUAUUAUAUCGAUUUUUUUUAAUCAAUAUAAUAAAUAAUUUAAUUAAACUUAUAUACAUACAAUAUAUUUAUUCUAUAAAAUAUAUUUAUAUAAAAAUUAUAAUCAAACAAAAAUUGGAAUCUAUAUUUUAGUACACAGGUUGUCCCAAUUUAUCUUAUACCGGCAAUAAGUCACUCAUUUGACAAGAUAAUUAAAAAUUGCUUUGGGUGGCAUUGAAUCACUGGUAUUCUGUUUCUUAAAAAUUAAUAGAUCAAUUAAUUAUCUGGUAUUCACUAUCUACAGUUUUCACUCUCAAUGAUCAGCUCAUGAAUCAAUUCAACUUAACGCCUGGUUGAAAUAAUAGUUCGACUUAACGUUCUAGUGAAAUAUCGCUCCACUCAACGCCCCGUUGAAAUAACAGCUCCACUUAACGUUCCACUAAAAUAUUGCUUCACUAAAUGCCCUGAUGAAAUGAUCUUUCCACUAAAAUAUCGCUCCACUUAACCCCAAUUGAAACAUCAGUUCCACAUAACGUUCCACUGAAAUAUCGCUCCACUUACCGUCCAAUUGUAAUAUCAGUUCCACUUAACGUUCCACUGAUAUAUUGUUUCAUUUAACACCCGAGAAAUGAUCGUUCCACUUAAUGCCCGAUUGCAAUAUCAGUUCCACUUAACGUUCCACUGAAACAUUGCUCCAUUUAACGUCCGACUGAGAUAUCGCUCCACUUAACGCCUGGUUGAAAUAACAGCUCCGCUUAACGUUCCACUGAAUAUCGCUCCACUUAACGCCCGGUAGAAAUAACAGCUCCGCUUAACGUUCCACUGAAAUAUUGCUCCACUUAACUCCCGGAUGUAAUGAGUUUUUUCUGCAUUUAUUCCAUGGAAAAAAUGCAUUUCUGGAAGAUUCAUCUCGAAAUGGCUUACUUUUGGACCAUCUUGAGGUUCUCAUUGUCACUAAUGGUGUUAAUUGUUUUAUGUUGUCAAAUUUUUAUUAUUGGUAAUUGCAGAGGUUCCAUGGUGGUAAAUCUGGUGAGUAAGGAGGACGUGGUUAAAUAGGAAGAUUUAAAGCUAUUGAAUAAAAAGCGAUUUGUAGUGUGGAUCGUUUCAUUUUUCUUGUUUAAACGUUCAUAUUUAUUUAAUUUUCGCAUAUUUUAAUUUGGUUUGGAUAUCAAAAGAUAUCUCAAACGUUCUUCAUCCAUAACUCACUCAUUUCCACUUUGGAAUCUGUUUUACUUCUUUUAAAUCGUAUUUGAAGUAACUUUGAGAGAUUUUAUAUUUUUUCCAGUAUCUUUGACAAUUUUUCUAAUUGUAUUUUUUGAUUACGCCUCGUAUUUAUAACAUUCCGAAUAAAAUGUCACUAUGUACUUUAAUGUCAUGUAAAGUAUUAUCUAAUUAUCUAAUUGAAUGAGCGUAUAUACUAUAAGUUGGGACAUCCGAUAUUUACGUUAUUAUUUUAUUUUUGUACAUGUAAAUUUUUAUUUUUUAAAAGUUUAUUCUUGUAGAAUGGUGCUAACUUGAAAAUUAUGCAGUGAUAUUAAAACACAAUGUAAAUAUUAUUACGCUUAAAAUAUUGUAAAUAUUGCUCUUUAUAAAUAAA